AUGGUACAGAAUUACACUAGCGCCACAGAAUUUCUCCUCUUAGGCUUUCCUGGUUCCAAGGAACUGCAUCAUAUUCUCUUUGCCACCUUCUUCUUGCUCUACUCAGUGACAACAAUAGUGGGAAACACAGUCAUCAUCACCACCAUCUGUGCCAAUUAGCACCUGCAGUCUCCCAUGUACUUCUUCCUCAGCCAUCUCUCUGUCCUGGAGAUCUUGCUGACUUCCACUACUGUUCCUUUCAUGCUUCAAGGGAUGCUACUGACAAGGACUCAGCUGAUGUCUUUAGCUUCAUGUUGUGCAUAGCUCUAUUUGUACCUGGCUGUGGGCAGCUCAGAGUUGGUAUUAUUAGGUAUGAUGGCUAUGGACUGCUAUGUGGCUGUAUGUAACCCUUUAAGGUUUGGUAUCAUCAUGAGCAGCUGCACCUGCAUCUGCAUGGUCAUUGUGUCAUAGGAAUUUGGGUUCCUUUUUGAAAUCUGAUCAGUCUAUGCCACAUUCCAACUCACUUUCUGCAAAUCAAAUGAUGACCAUUUUUACUGUGACAGAGGACAGUUGCUCAACCUCUCCUGUGAUGACACUCUUCUGACGUUCAUCCUUUUUCGAAUGGCUGUUUUCAUUAUCAUUGGUUCUUUGAGCCCUGCAGUCUUCUACACCUACAUCAUCUCCACCAUCCUCAAGAUCCCCUCAGCCUCUGGCCGGAGGAAAGUCUUCUCCACCUGUGCCUCUCACUUCACCUAUGUUGUGAUUGUCUAUGGCUGCGUCUUCCUCCACAUGAAGCCAAAGCAAAUGCAGGCAGCCAACAACAGGAUAGCAUCACUGCUGGUUUUAGUGGUGGCUCCUUUUCUGAAUCCUUUCAUCCUCACUCUCCAGAAUGAAACAUUCAUACAGGCCUUUCAGAGUGGCAUAAAACACUUCUAUCAGCUUCUUAGGGAUUAA